AUGUUCGGUUGGUUGCGUGAUGUACUUUCCAAUGCUCCAUCAUCUUUUGGUUAUCGUCAUUCAAUAACACCUUCACCUUUUUUUCGUCCACAAAUACAAAAAGAAAAAGAACGAAUUUCUUCCAAUGAUGAUAAUAUUAACCAAUUAAAUGAUAAUUCAUUUUAUCAUAAUCCAUAUCAUUCAAGUGGACAAAUGAAUUAUGUCGAUGUUCCACAACAACAAUAUACUAAUGAACAUACUUAUCCAACUUAUCUUGCACGACAACAAAUAUCUGAUACAACUAAUCAAACACUUGAUGAUCAAAUUCAUUCAAAAUUAUUAUCAUUACAACAACGUUCAAGUCAAUUUCAAUGUUAUGCACAUAGACAAAAUAAUUAUGCGUUUAGAAAUAGAUCUAUACCAACAAUUAUUCCAUCUUCAACACUUCAUUCUUCAUUAAUUUCUAGUCGAAACGAACAAAGGAAAAGCGACAAUGAGAAGCGGUCUGAUGACGAUGAACAAGAAGAAGAAGAAGAAGAAGAAGAUGAUGAUGAUGAUGAUGAUGAUGAUGACGAUGACAGUGAUGAUGAUGAUAAUAAUGAUGAUGAUGAGAGAAGAUCAUCAUCGCUUGGAAAUUAUCGUGGUAUUCCGGGUUAUUAUUCCGGUCAAUAUUCCAAUAUUGAUGAACAAUUUGAUUUUGCAUCCGUUGUUUUUUGGUACAAAAAUGUCAUGCAAUCCGUUAAAAAAUUUCUGUGA